GCGGGGGCGGGUACGGCUCCCCAUCCCAAGACUCAGUGUGUAGAUCUUUCAAGAUGGUGGUGACGAAGUCCGAGGCCCGGAGGGCUGCUUCCGCCUACUUCCGUCCGGCCAGAUGUUUACCUUCGCUGGUCACCAUCCUGGCGCUGGGCUAUUUCGCGUGGGUUGUCUUCUGGCCUCAGAGUAUCCCUUAUCAGAGCCUCGGGCCGCUGGGCCUCUUCACUCAGUACUUGGUGGACCAUCAUCAUACCCUCCUGCACAAUGGGUAUUGGCUUGCCUGGCUGAUUCACUUGGGAGAGUCCUUGUACGCCAUGGUUUUGUGCAAGUCUAAAGGCAUCACAGAUGGUCGGGCUCAACUACUCUGGUUCCUACAAACGUAUCUCUUUGGGAUAGCAUCUCUCUCCAUCUUGAUAGCUUACAGACCAAAACGCCAAAAACAAACUUAAAGAAGAUACCCAGAAGCUUUCUUUACACUGUUGACAUUCAACUUCACUGUUUUGGGGUGGGGGAGAUGCUGGGGGAUGCUGAGUUACUUGAUCUUUCUAUUUUCCAGAAAUUUAAGACCCUCUAGUUAUUCAUUGCUCUUUCGUACGCUCUGGUUGAGCUUGACUAGAUGGUAGGAAAGGAUUUAAGCUUCCCAGUUCUGCAGACUAACCUGUUUGGCUGAGAGCUUCCAAGCUACCUGCUUGAGGUCCUUGGCCAUGUUGGUGCGCCUUGUGUC